CGGAGCCGGGCGCUGAUUGGUUACCAGGUGGCGAAGUCUCGUGUGGUAUUUUCUGGAUGUUUCUUCUCAGCUGACGGUGACGUCACAGGUGAUAUAACAACAAGAAAACUGAGCGCAGCCUGGAGAGUGACAGCGGAGACAGCGGGAGGGCGACCGAGUGUUCAGAAGAGCAGCUGUGCUAUGGCCUGACCCCCGAUCAGUAUCCCCGGCAUCUACUUACAUUCCAAGUCCUGUUCUCACAGCAGCUGCUGCAAAACAUCCAAGGGAUCUGUCCUGUAUUGUUAGGACCUUGAAGAGAGGGGACUCGCCUGUCAAUCAUGGGAGACUAUUAUGAAAUCCUCGGAGUUCCCCGAAACGCCACCCAGGAUGAUAUAAAACGAGCAUAUCGGAAACUGGCACUGAAAUGGCACCCAGAUAAGAACCCAGAUAACAAGGAGCUGGCAGAGAAGAAAUUUAAAGACAUUGCGGAAGCUUAUGAGGUGCUAUCAGAUGUGAACAAACGUGAAACCUAUGACCGUUAUGGGAAAGCUGGAUUUGCCGGACCUGAACCUUCAAGAACCUCCAACCCCAGAUACCAAGGUUUUACCUAUACAUUCCGGAGCCCUGAUGAAGUGUUCAGAGAGUUUUUCGGAGGCAGAGAUCCUUUCUCAGAUUUCUUUGGUGAUGACUUCUUGUUUCCUGGAAUGCGCAGCGAUGAGAUGCGCCACACCCGCUCCGCGCCAUUCUUCACAGAGGUUUUUCCCAGUAGCAGAGUUUUCUCAUCAUUUUCGUCUUUUGGAAGUGACGGGUUUGGUGUGUCUGGAAACGUCUGCUCUGUCUCCACUACAACCAAGUUUGUUAAUGGGAAGAGGAUAACAACCAAAAGGACUGUAGAAAAUGGUGUAGAACGGGUGGAGGUAGAGGAGGACGGGCAGCUGAAGUCCAUCCGGGUGAACGGGGUAGAAGAUGAACUCGCCCUAGCACUGGAGAUGAGCAAACGGGAUCACAAAAACGUGCCAACUCCCAGCACCACCCAGACCCGGGAGACUCCGCACAACCUCCACACGUCAACCCCGACCUUCAUGGUGCUAGACAGCGACGACGAAGACGAGGAUCUGCAGCUGGCAAUGGCGUACAGCCUCUCAGAGAUGGAAGCCGCGGGGCAGCACCGAGCAGGUGUGCGGAGUAAACUGAGAACAGGGAGAGGACAGGAGGCAGAGAGACAGCAGAGGGGUCAGGAAGAGCCACUGAGGCACCAGCAGGGGGCAGAUAAUCUGAGGCACCACCAGGGGGCAGAUCAUCUAAGUCAGCACCAAAGACAUCAGGCAGAAGUUUUGAGACCACAAAGAGAAGUAUCAGGGCAGGAGGAGGGUGAAGGAAGUGGAGGGGCACAGGAUGACCCAAAAAAGGAAGACAAAGAUGAUAAAAAGAAGAGCAGAUGCUACGUUUGUUAGCGGUUCUUGUGUUCUUUCAGCUCUCAUAGAACUUUAUUUUAAGCAGAAAAAUCUAAAUGUACCCCUGCAGAACAUUGCAGCACUGGGAUAAGUCAGCAGAGCAUAGACAUAGGAGACGACUCUGUGUUUUGAUGUGCUUCCUCUUUUCGGUUGCCUCUUCCUUGCUCUGCGCUGCCCCCUAUAGCUGAUCUCUGCCCAUGCUUCCACUCUGGCCGGUUGCUGCCGCUCUAUCGCUAUAGGGAGCAGGGGAUGGGAUUUCUGCUGAUCUGCCAAAGUUAAAUUGUGUCAUAUAUAUAUAUAUUUUUUUUAAUCCAAACUGUGACUAACCUGAAGCCGUAAUUACCGCCGUGUUGCGCCAGUGUGGUGUUGCUUUUGUGCCAAAGGUCAUGGUUUGGGCCCGUCUGGGCCUGAAUAUAAGCUAUUUUUUUUACCCUUGAUGCCUUAAAGGGAAAGUCCACAGCGCUGCCUUUAUCUCUUUCUCAUUCCUGAACCCCCCCCCCCCCCCCCCGGCGAAUAACAAGACGACUUGCAGCUGAGUAGAAAUUUUCCAUGAUGGUAAUAGACAUCUUUACCUUGUGCAGACAUGUUGGGAGUUGUAGUUUUGCAACAGCUGGAAACACCCCUGGUUGGGAAACGGUGCCUUAGACUGUUUUAGUAUAUAUGGAGGAAGCCUGGUUGUCCCUAUGCAUUUACAGUACCGGAUCUAUAAUCCCCUGGAGAUGAGCGUUACCAUGUAAGAUAGCCACUUAUCUUCUAUAUCUAUGGAAAUACCUAUUACAGGGCCAGCCGAUAGAGAGAUAUAUAUAUA